AUGCUCGCUCAGCAGGCCUCCACGGCGCCGGCCUCCACCUCUGCGACAUUCCCCACUCCCGGCAACGCUACCGACACUAUCAACAAGAUACGCAAGAAACAUGUCACUCAAGUGAAGCUGGACUGGGAACAGCUCAAGAUAGUCGUCGCGAAACCCGAUGGCAAGAAGGACGCCACUACCACGGCGUGGCAGAUCAAGUGGUGGAGGCGAAUUUUGAAAACGGACGCGACGGGCGAGGUUGCUGAUCAAAUACCCAAGUCGGAACAGAGUAACAGGCCAGAUGUCAAUUUCGUUCAUGAGAGAAUUGCAGAGGCGAUUUAUAGCACCGGGACUACGGGUCGAACGGCCGCCGAGGACAUCGCGCAGGUCGCAAAGCAAUGGAUAGCGCAGGCGCCACCGUCAACUUUGACUGGUUACGAAAAGCUCGUCCUCGAGCCUCUCUUUGAGGAGGUGUCGACGGAGAUGCGGAAGGUGGAUGCGAAGGGCAAAAAGUCAUACGACCAUCUUCCCUACGCACUGACAAGGGAGGAUGGGGGACGAAGCUUUGUGUUGAAGAGCGAGCACUUUGACUUGUUGCUGUGUGGGGGCGUGCCUCCUACGACAGACGAUAAGGCAUGCCGCCCACCGAUAAAGGUCGAGGAAGAGGCAAACGCUCUCAACCAAACUCUCGAGCGGUAUCACUCCACGUUCGAAAAAAUCCUCCAGGAUGAUUUGGACAGCGCUUGGAGUUCGUCACACGGUAUCAUCGCUUCAUUCGUGCAACAGCAAACCCUGCAGAGCCGGCUUCUGGCCGAGGACUUUGCUUCGCGAAAAGCGAAAUUUGAGAAGAAGCAUGCUGUCGAGCUCAGACCCUUCGAGGAGUUCUGGGCCGCAAAGACCGAAAAGUGGAAGAAGAAGUCGAAGAAGUCCAACGGCCCCGACGAGGCCGGCGCACUCGCGGAAAUCGAUGCCUUGUUCGAGACAUACCUCGAGAACACAAAGACAGCGUUGUUCGCAUAUGAGAACGACGUCUGCCAGCCAUCCAUCAAAGAACUACAAACAUCUGUCGAGCGCUUCAUCGAUGACUGCCAAAAGGAAAUCGCCACAGCGAAAGACGUUGUGGACUCUACAUCGCAGAUCAAACUCAAAGCAAUGCUGGAGGGACUUUUGAAGCAGAUAACAGGCCUCAUCCGAGAGUUCUCCGAAGAGGAGUUGCGAUGGAGCUCUGCCAUGCAGUGCAAGCUGGACGACCUGCGCACUGAAUACCGCGACCAAAGCGCUGCAAACAUAUGGGGCCGCAUCGAGAAAUGCAACAACCGAGACUUCAAACGCCGAAUAAAGGAUAUUGAACAGGAGAACAGUAAACGACGCGCGACAUUUAGUGGUCGCUUGAACGAGUCGAACAUCUCAAAGGACAUCCGUAUCGCGUUCCUCACCGUCGUAACCCCGUGCCUCGAAGCCGGUCAACGACUCGAACGUCGGGCGAUCGAGGCGUAUCACGAUAGUCUGAGGAAAGACCCUACUAUGCAGAACCUCGCCGAGAAACGCAGCACCAUUCUGCGAGAGUAUCAGGACGCGCUGAAACGGGGACACGCAGAUUUUAGCACCGCGGUGGCUGCGGUUUUGCUUGAUGAGAUGGACAGAAGUCUUUCAGAGGGGGCGUGGAGGAGCAUUGGGGUUCGGUCUCGCAGGGAUAUUGAGGCUGCGAAGACUAUUUUGGCUGCUGAUGCUGCGGUGUUGGCUGCUAUGGCUGCUCAAGGGACGAAAGAAGAUACUUCUGCUGCCACCACGGACGCGAAGAAGAAGAAAAACAAAAAGAAGAAGAAGAAGGCCUCGACGGAAGAGCUUGAUGCUGGCAAGACGGAUGGGACGUCAAAGGAACCGGAGGAGGCUGGGGAUGAUGGCAAAACUCCUUCUCCCGUUAUUGCCGCGAGGGAAGCGGCGGAAGCAAAUGGCGCCGAUGUUCCAUUUGCGGCUCAAGCUGUAAGGGAUUAUACCAAGAACGUGAAUCGCGUGAAGGAAACCGAAAGCACCAUUGGAAGCAAAGCCGUGAACGGGAAUGAUGACACAAAAAGUGCCAAUAGCGUGAAAGAGGACACUCCUAACACCGAAGAGUCUCAUUCCUCGCCCACGCGCACCUCUGAAAGCACAAGACCAAAACCCGCAAUCCCCAUCGAGCCCAUAAUCGACCUCGACCUCACGAACCCCGACACCAUCCGUCUCCACUCCCACUCUUUCGAACCGUCCAUCCUGAACAUGGCUCUCCAAGCUGCCACUUCCGCGCAACCCCCGGGUCUGCCCACACACCAGCCGACAUGGAUGCCCGGCCCACACCACCCUCCCAUGCCCUUCGCACCCCCAAUGGGACAGUUCAGCCCGAUGCCGGCAGCCAGAGGUCCAUCCCAUCCCGGCGUUAUCGGUACCCCACCUCCUCAAAUGCAGUCACAGCUGGGCGACCGCGAACUCAUCGCCCUACGUGAAGAGAACAAAGCCCUCCGAGCCGAUAACUACCGCCUUCAACAGGAACUAAUGUCACUCAACCAACAAGCCUUCCAACGCAUCGACGCUCUCACAAAGGACAACUUCUCCCUCCGCGCUAUGCUUGACAAGUCAGCCCGAUCUCAGCAACAACACCCGCCAAAACAGACUGAAAACGGCAGCAACAACAACACGGCGGCAGACACACACCAUGCCAACAACGGCCCGAACAACGCGGCGAAGACAUGGCGACGCAACAACGCGUCGCAUGUCAAAUGCGCGAAUUGCAUGGGUGCAGGGCAUGUUUUGUGGGAUGCAGGGGCAUGCGGUGGAUGA